AUGACAACUCCACAGAAACAAUCACAAAACGAGAGAAGAACUAUCAGAAGAGAAUACAGAACUCUUAUUCAAGAGACACAAGCAAAGAAACAAGAUCUUAUUCAACCUGACAGUCAAGGUCUUUUAGAUGUCUUAAAGAAAGUAGAUGUAUUAUAUUCAAAAGUACAACAACCUAGAGAAGCAGCUUUAGAUUCAGAGUUACUCAGUUUAACAUCACAACUUGGUUAUGAACAAGCACAGAGGUUCAAAGUCGCACCAAGUUCGUUUGACACUGUCAAUUUCAUUACUAGAUUGAGAAACUCGUUGGUGCAACUCGGUGAAGAUAAUGAAGUUACGGAAGACGGUUGGAAUAAGUUUGGUGAACAAGUCAGUUCAAAGUUUAAUGAUGUACCGGUGUUUGACUUUAUGUACGGCCCGAUGAAUAUAGAGAUCGUCGAGAAGACAAGAAAGGCACCGGUUAGAAGACAAAAAGAUGAUGUUGGAAAGCUCGAAACCGCAGAGAAGAUCGACGAUUCCACAAAGAUGGUAGCAGAAUCGACCAGUGGUCGUGUACAGGCAAUGAAAUCCUACAUAGAGAACAAAAAGAAGAUCGAUGAAAUCGAUACCCUCACCGAUCAAAAGUCAUUCUCGCGUACCGUCGAGAAUAUCUUUUACUUUUCGUUCCUCUUGAAAGACGGACAAGCCAAGUUGGCAUCGGACGAAGAUGGCAUAAUCAAUAUCCAGGUGUCACAGCCACCCGACGAAGCGGACUAUACCACUGGCAAAGCGAAACAACGACACUCCAUCGUUAAGAUGGACUACGAGACUUGGAUGGAAUGGAAGAAGAUUUCAACUCAACAACCGGAUUUCGAUUUAGAAGAACUGGCAAAAGAAGCGAUGCGCAAACAAAAAGAUGCUGAACCUCAUGCCAACACUCAAGAUGACAGACAAAAGAAAAAACAAAAAACAUAA